AGACAGGGCCUGCCCAUAGCUGGAACGGUUAACAUGCAUGGGCUUGUAUACAGCCUGGAGGGGUAUGGUGGAGAGGCACAGAGGCAGAAGCCAAGGCUGACAACAAGAAAAUAUCCACGGUUCUAUCAAGGGUUGCUGAGCACGCAUUAGGAUCUCCACAGCAACUUAGCUCUUUCAGACGGGAAUAUAUCCUAUCCAGCUUUUUACUUUAAUUCUUUCAUUUUUUUGCUUAAAGAAAACCGAUGUUCAGGCACUGGUGUCCGUGAGGCGAAGAUGUCGGAGCGAGCUAUGGAACUGCUCCUCCGUAGGGCCGCGGUCGGCGAAGCCUUGUCGUGGAGCGAGUCCCUCGACCAUCUCCUGGAGAGUAAAGGUCGCCUGGUAUUUGAGGACUUCCUGAGGAGCGAGUACAGUGAGGAGAACCUGCUCUUCUGGCUGGCCUGCGAGGACUACAAGAGGAGCCCCAGCCCCCACAAAAUGGCCGCCAUGGCACAGAGGAUCUUCGCUGAGUUUGUGCAGGUCGAUGCGCCCAGACAGAUAAAUAUCGACUACCUGACCAGAAAAAGCAUACGGGAGAAUAUCUCUGAGCCGGGAUUGCACUCCUUCGACAGAGCGCAGAAGCUCAUAUACGCACUGAUGGAAAAUGACUGUUAUCCUCGAUUCCUGAAAUCUGACAUCUAUCAGGCUUUCCUGGAACAUUCCAAGCAACAAUAAGUGAGAAAAAAAAGCAACACUGCAAGGUACGAAGGUCAGCUACAGCAGGGCUCUCUUGUCAGACAAAGUGAAAUUCAAAGAAUAUAUAUAUAUAUAUAUAUAUAUAUAUUUGGAAUUAUAAUUUUCAAUAUCAUCCCCAAUCUGAAACAUCCAUCUCAGCUUCCCAUUCCCUGUUAUUUUAUCAAUUAAUGUCGAAAUAUUACCGCUAUUGCAUUAUAGCGUUUACUUUUUCAAUUCCGCGCAACAUUACUUUUCCCAGGGAAAGAUUUGACGGCGAUACUGCAUCCUCAGCCAGUAUGCUAUUGCGCAAGCACGCAGGCACGCUUGCGGCGCGUCUGCGUACUUGCGCAAUAGUGCCUUAACAAGCUCUCAUUCCGAACCGUACGAGACAGACAAUGGUAGCGUGAAGCUGUCUCUGCAUCUCAGACAUCUCGCUUCCGCAGGCAACUCUGUCCCCUUUUCUCCCUUUCAUUCCAAUCCUGAGCAACGCUAGUCUCCCUUCUCUGCCGAAUGCAUUUUUGAAAAAAAAGAAUAAGUAUCAGUUUUUAAAAUCCUUAAUUGUAAUGCAUGACUCCGAACCGUGUGAUGUGUCCAAUCUGCUGCGUUUUGGGGGAUAAAAUAAGAGUUCUUAAUAAGAACUCUUAUUUAUUUUUUAAAUAAGAGUUCUUAUUUUAUCCCAAAAAAUAUAAAAUAAUAAUGUAAUAAUAAUAAUGAUAAUAAUAAUCACUAUGUUGGUCUCCCACCAUAUGCGCUGUCAUCAGCACAAAUGAUCUGUCCCUAAAGUUAAAAUCCCCCAUUCCCCUGGCUUUCUUUUUUACAACUCGACCACUGUAUAUGACUCAUAUAUAUAUUUAUAUAUAUAAAGACAUGUCUGUGUAAUAAAAAUAUAAAGUGAGAGAGGGAGAAAGGUUGUUGAGAUGAGGUUUUUUGAGGACACAUAUCAGAGUGCUUUCAUUCAUGUACCAUUUUGAAUGUUUCUUUUUUAUAAUUGCACAGCCCGAUAACUGCUUUGAAGACCACACUUUAUAUGUUGAAUAAACCAUGCAGAGAAAUGCAGGGAUGUACCUGCCUGGUGUGGCACAUAUAAGCUCAAUGUGUAAAGAAUUUUCAAAAGAUUCUCUAUUCUUGGAGAUGUCAUGACCCCUGAUGUGUUUAGAAUACAAUACAAAUACAGAAAUGUGCCUUUGAAAGAAAUCGGAUGUAUGUUUGAUGUAUGUUAGGCAUGUAUGUCUGAUCAGGUGUAUGUAUUUGUACAGGAUGUACAUCUUGUAUGUAUGAGAAUGGUGGUGGGGAUAUUUACAAUGAAUAAAUACAUUUAAAGUCAA